CCAAAAGCAGACGGACGUCAAUAUAUUUAUUUUUUCAAUAACGUUCAUAUAACGACUGAGAUUUGUAUGCGUUAACCUUCGUUUAGUUAAUCGCUAACGUAAAAUGUAUGUCAUUUUAAUGAUCUUUGCAGCACUGAUUCUACAGUUACUUCCGUCUGUAGUAACCGUUUUAAGUCCUGCAUCAAUAACAAGAGAAGAAGGAGAAGAUGCGGUGUUCAUGUUUAAUACCAAUACCAGCAUACUAGAAGCGGCAUGGGGUAUACGUGAUGGUGACACUAAUAACCAUAAGUUAGUGUUGAUGACAGUUGACAAACGAUUUGGUGCACACACAACUUCUAAUGCUGAUUACGCAGGAAGAGUCUAUUUUGUUGGUGAUCUGUCAAAGGGUCAGGCUUGGUUCAAGAUCACAAACCUGAACAUCAAUGAUACCAAUAAUUACAUGGCAAAGAUCAGGGUUCAUGGUACAUCGUUCUACAAAUACAUACCUGCACAAUUAACAGUCAUUAAACCACCAGUAACUACAGAGCCUCUACAGACAUCAACCAAAGAACUCACCACCGGAUUUUCAAGUUCACAAACCUCUCCUCGGCCGACAGCAUCACAAGUGCCUCAACUUUCAAACCUUAGCAUGUCAAUCAAUGUGGUUAAAGAAGUUGAUGGAGAUUUUAGUGAUUCCAGCUCUGAAUUCAGCGAAAACUUUGUUUCUGAGAUCAACUCUGUCUAUAGAAAUAUUGAUAUGUUUGAGAAAGCCAAGAUCACUAGUCUAAGUGAGAACAUCAUUUCUGUGAAGUUUGUCGUUUAUUUCAAGAGCAUGAUAAAACCAGAUGAAAUAUGUGCUCCACUUGAAGAUGCAGUAAAAGACAAUAGACUUGGAAGUCUCAAGAUAGUACCUGGUUCAUUAGGCUGCUCUAAUGAUACCAACACAAGUUUUCCCAAGAAGCAAUCAAAUUCUGCUAGCACUUGCACGUCAAUCAUCGUGGCAUGUGUUACUGUCAACAUAUUCCUGAUUCUGGUUGUAGUGUUUCUGCUUAUCUAUAUUUGGAGGUUACGAUUAAAUACUGAAAAAAGAGCAGGAAUGAGAAACUCAUCAACCAUACAAGUUAAGAACCCUGAAGCUUAUGAGAAUAUCCAUCCAAUGGAAACACGUCACAAGACAUGGCAACAAAAACAGCUCAAACACUAAAUACUGGAAAGGAGCUUUAUGAAAUGAAAAAUGAAAACAGAGACAAAAACAAUGUUGCAAUAACAACAACUGUGAAACAAACGAGUGGGUCUUCUGUCGCAAUCCAAGGUGACGCACCUUCAUUGCCGCAACACUAUCAAGAGCUUCAAAGAAAGGCACCUAAUCCGACCUCUCUGUAUGAGCCUCUCAAGCAGCAAGGCUUUCGUAACAAAGAAGAGCUGGCCUCAGAAGACCCAAAAACAUAUGAACAGCUACAGCAGAGUGCAUCAGGAAGAGAAUACCAGUCAUUGAAGUGUUAUAAGGAUACCGAGAGUAAAGUGUGACGCAAUAUCUCUACAGUUUAAAUAAUUCUGCAAAAGCUACCAAAUAAAUAAAUCUCUCCGGGUUUUGAUAUUAAAAUUGCUGCAGCGCUACCUCGUGUCAACUUCAAUUUCUAGCUGGCUUUAUUUACUAAUCAUUCAAAGGUAAAAAUGCUGCAACUGAA